AUGGAAGAGGAUCCAGACAUCUGCGCCGCGCAUCACCGCCCAGAUCGCCUCUCAGCCGCCGCGGACGCACCGCCACAGAUCACCGCAGAAAACUGCUACGAGCUGCUGGAGGAGGCGAAGCGCUGCGGCUCGGAGCGCGACAGGGAGCGGCUGCUGGGCUUCAUGAGCGACCAUUACCUGCAGGUUCUGCGGAACCCCGCCGUGUUCGGCCGGCUCACCGCGGCGGAGAGGGAGCUCAUCCUGGCCCGCAGGAUGGAGGGGAGGAAGGUGCUGGCGGUGGCUGAGACCUGCGAGGUGCUGGAGCGCGGGGGCGGCCGCCCGCACAGCCCGCAGCUGGAGGACCCCACCCAGCGGCGGGUGUUCUGCCUGGACCCGGACACCCAGCGGUGGGAGGUUCUGACCGCCCUGCCAGAGGAGGUCCCGGCUAAAGGCUCCGGGAUGUGCACCCUCUACAACUACCUGUUCGUGGCGGGCGGGGUGAGGACGCGGACGGACGGCCGCUCCAAGGCGUCGGACCGGGUGUUCUGCUUCAACCCGCGGACCGGCCAGUGGAGCCCGGUCCGCCCGCUGACGCAGCCCCGCUGCCAGCUGCGGCUGGUCUCCAUGGACGGACACCUGUACGCCAUCGGGGGGGAGUGUCUGUUCACCGUGGAGCGGUACGACCCGCGCGCGGACAGGUGGGCUCACGUGGCUCCGCUGCCCAAAGGUUCCUUUGCGGUCGCGCACGAGGCCGUUGCGUGCGGCGGCGCGCUGUUUGUGUCCGGCGGCUCGCUCUUCUACCGCCUGCUGCGUUACGACAGCCGCCGCGACGAGUGGGAGGAGUGUCCGUUCAACGAGAGCCGGCGGCGCUCCACGGACAUGGUGGCGCGCCGCAGCCUCAUCUACCGCUUCGACGUGGAGCGGGAGCGCGCGGCCGUGAGCGUGUACAGGUACAACACGCUGGUCAAGGUGUGGCUCGGCGGCGCGCGCUUCCCGCUGGAGAACCCGCAGCCGUUUCGCUGCGCGGUGCUGGAGGACCGCAUCUACUGCGUGAGCCGCAGCCACGCGCUGCAGUUUGAAGUGCGGGAGGAGCGGGAGGGCUUCCUGCAGGAGGUGCUGCCUUCUCCUGCGGAGGCCCGAGGAACUCUGGUCCCGUUUGUCCUCAGUCUGGACAAGUGAUAAGACGCUGCAGGUUGAAAGCUGAGAAGUUGCUGGUUCGAAUCCCAGCUAAAUCAGAAUAUCAUGGAAGAGUUCAAUGGUUCUGAAGAAAAGGAUGAUGUG